AUGGCUAUGACUUAUCUACUCCCUCCUCUCCCUCCUCUGGUCCUGCCCGCUAAGCUCCAUCUCCCUCGGAACUGCUACCCCUUCCCACGACCUUUCCAGUUUCCGCUUGCUCUUAGCGCUACAGGCCCAGUUUUCUUUGACCAUCCCACCCUCCCUGACAAAGAAGACAAGGCCAGAGGCACGCUCACCUACUCACGGACACAGCUGAUCCCUCGGGACGGCACUCCAGUGUCUCAAAGUCCGCUCGCCCCCCCACACCCCACACACGGUGGUCUUGGGGAGCCCACCCGAGUGGUAGGCUCCCGGGAUCGCCUAGGCGGCUGGAAACCAGCCGCCGAAGAUGUACAGAAGCAGCACGCCCUAGCGUCUCGAGGAGAUCCUAGUGUCGUGCUUCGCUUCCCUGAGAAUAAAACACCAGGGUCUGCGCCUGCGCAUGACCUCAUCCAUGAUGAACCCCUAUCUCCAACAUCUCGAUUCUCCGCCGAUAACUGGAACCAGGUGCCAUUCAAUCAAAAUGGCCUCGCCGAAACCAACGAUCAUUUCUUAGCCAACCACCACUACGAUGGUCAAUCUAUGUCAUCUUUGGCCACUACAUCCUACCGACAUGAUCAGAAUUCUGGCCGUCAAGAGGAGCAGACGUUUCACUCAGUUCAUGGACCAUGUGCCCCGGCGGCAUCGAUCUUUGAUGUGACCGCCCAUCUUCUAAAUCCCUUAGUAACAUGA